CCCCCUUUUUUUUUUUUGUAACUAAAAAUGAUGCUUCUUAUAAAUCGGUUUAAAAUUCCCCUUUUAAAGAAAAGUUCCCGUGUAGCAAAAAAUAAACCAAUAAAACGAUUGAGAAGAAGAAAUAGCAAUAAAUCACUUCCUUAUGAAAUACAAGAACUCGUAUGUCAUUUUUUACUGGAAGAUGACCCUACUAAUUCAAUUGCAUUAAUAUGUAUGCGAGUAUGUAAAUCUUGGGCUAGAUUUAUUUGUGAACGCUUAUACAGAGAGUUUCAAUUUAAAAAUUAUAUUCAAUUUAUUGGAUUUGUCAAUACCAUCUCGCUUCAUGAUCCUUUAUUCCCUUAUGGUAGUUAUGUACGCAAUUUAGAUCUUACGCCAGUCAACAAAUACGGAGUAGAUAUGCGAGUGAGACGAUUGAUUAAACAUUGCCCUAAUAUGGUCCGUAUUAGGUUAGGUCCAACAACAAGUGUCAAGGCAGAGACACUUCAACUCAUGGGUCGCUAUUGUCAUCAUGUUCACACCCUUGAAAUGGGAGGUCUUCAGAGCUUCCCCUUUAUGUUCGAUUGUGAUUUCUCUGGCAUGUUGGCUCUCAAACGACUUUCACUCAUCACAACUCCCUUACAGGCUAAUUCACUUGAAACGAUACCUAACUCUAUUCGUCAUCUACAAAUCACUCAGCUCGAUGCGCUUUAUCAUGACGAAUUCAUUCAAUUCUUAAAACAUCAUCCUCGUUUAGUUUCACUCUCUAUUCAUCGUUGUCGACAUUUAAAUACCGCAGAUCUCUCCGCUUUCAUUCCUUGUUUACCUCACCUGUCUGUACUUGAAUUGACGGGUCCUGAAAUAGGGGAUGACAACGUAAAAGGCUUAUUCAAGAUACCAAUCCAAUUACACACACUAAAGUUAUCUCAUACUCAAAUCAGUGAUCAAACAUUAGAGUCCUUAGCAUUUGGUUCCUUGACGAUACAGCAUUUAGACAUCUCACAUAAUGUCAAUCUUACUUUACAAGGUCUUCAAUUUUUACUGAAGAGAAAGAAAUUUAAACAAUUGAUGACCAACUUGAUAUAAUAAUAAAUUCGUUUGUUUGUUUAUUUUAUUUUAUUUUAUUUUAUUUUACUUUGUUUUAUUCAACUUCUA